CAGCAUGGCGGAGAGACCGGAGGACCUGAACCUGCCCAACGCCGUCAUCACCCGCAUCAUCAAGGAGGCGCUUCCUGAUGGAGUCAACAUCUCCAAGGAAGCUCGGAGUGCGAUCUCUCGAGCAGCGAGUGUGUUUGUGCUUUAUGCAACAUCAUGUGCAAAUAACUUUGCCAUGAAGGGGAAGAGGAAAACCCUGAAUGCUGGUGAUGUUCUCUCUGCCAUGGAGGAGAUGGAGUUCCAGCGAUUUGUAGCCCCUCUGAAGGAAUCACUGGAAGUUUACAGGCGUGAACAGAAAGGAAAGAAAGAAGCAAGGAAAGACAAAGACAAGAAGGCAGACUCAGAGGAGCAGGAUAAGAGCCGAGAGGAGGAAAAUGAUGACGAUGAUGAAAGGAUGGAUGAAGAAGAGCAGAAUGAUGAGGAAGAGGUGGACAACUGAGCUCACUGAUGUGUGCAGGCGCUGGGUUUUGGUCAAAGGGCUGUAAACACUGUAAAUCAACUCUGCUGUGUCCCCUCUUGCUUCCAGUAGAGCUUUGCUCUGCUCCUCUGCAGCCUCUCCCUUUUGGCUUUAACUUGUACAUAAAGGACUUCGGCUAAACCUUUGCUUGGACGUGAGGGACUCCUGCUAAAGGUUUUCUGGUGGAAGGACUCCUCCUCCCUGUGCUCGGGGGGCUGAACAGUGACAGGACUGAGCUUUUCACACUGGCUUGGCUCUGAAAUAGAAGACAGAAGAAAUACUUGGAGCAAGAACUUGAGAGACCUGAAUAAGCUCAUUAAAGCAUGUCAGGGGCUGAAGCAAAUAGGUCAUUAACCCUUUGGGGUUUAGAAUCUCCCUGAUGAUGUCAGGGGGCUUGGAAGCUGAACACUGAAGCUUUUAUCCCCGUGACUUGCUUUAUUUUCCUUCAUUUUCUUGCAUUCUGGCUGUGCCUUUUCCUCCUGCUGUAUCUCUGUCAGAGCUGCUGUGUCUUUCAACCACACCGGUCCUAUGCAGCAAUGAGGUUUGACUGCACAAGAGCCGGUGGCCCAUUCACCUCACUCACCCAAACCAGCGUACUUCACAGCACUUUAUGAUAUAAACUGAGUACUGAAAGUGCUGUUUUGUGUCUUUAAAGCCCUGGGAGACCCAGAGGAAUUCUAUUUAGGAUCUGAAUCAGAAUGAACAGUGGAGCUCUGUUGGGAUGUAUGGUGGAGUUCACAGUCUCACUUCCCUCCCCUGCAGAGCUGCAGCGGGUUAAAAUGGGGUUGAACAGAGGUGGAUCUUGUUGGCUUGAGUAGGUUUUUCUCUUUACCUGAUUGGAAUGGGUUGAUUGCCUCAUAGGUCCUUCCAUAGCCUUCAACAACCAUCCCAGAGGCACAGUCUUGCCUCUGGCUGGGGUCUUGGGCUGCAGUGUCAGGCCUGGGGCUUUCCAAAGCUCCUUCAUGACAGAUGGACUGAAACAAGCUGUGUGUGUUUCUCGUACUCAUGUAGGUUUGUGCUUUUAUACUUCUUGUUAGUUUUGAUGCCUUUCUCUCUGAGAAAAUAUCCAUUAGAAUAAGGGUCCUGUGGGGAAAAGCGCUUUAGUAGUUGAGCUUUUUGAAGACUGAUAAACCCAGUGUUUGAACUUAACUAGGGAAGUCAGGGGGCAGUUUUAGGUAUGUUGAAGUGAAACCUGCGAGUUUCACUGAUCUGCAGUUUUAAAACAGCACUUGUGAGGAACAGAACAUCCCUUUCACCAUGAAUUGGAUGCAGAACAACCCCAAGAGCUUCCCACCUUUGUGCCUGUGCAGAGCCCAGCUCUGGAAGAAAACUGAACCAACAAAGACUUUGUGCUGUCUGGCUCCUCCUGACACGCAGUCAGAUGAACAGGCAGAGCUGACACCAUCUUCCCAAGAUCCCCAGUGACAAAAGGCCUUUCUGCUAGCUCUUUGUCCUUUUUUCCUCUCCUUUCAUACCUGGGUGCAUAUUCUGGAAGGGAACAAUAUCCAAAUAAAAGCCAGAGUUUUUUUACACAA